AUGAGUUUAUAUCUGCGUGUAAAACUAAUAUCUUUUAAUUUUGUAGCAGAACGGACAAAAAUACUGCAGCGACCUUUCUCCAAUCACAUGUCUGUGUUGCUUGGUAUUGAGUUCACGGGUGAACCAACAAGGCGCAUGUCUCCACUCAGGUCUGUUUUUUUACUUAGUUCUUACUUCCUGCGGAGCAAGUUGUCAUGGGUUACAUUCAUCGUCUUCAGCGAGAAGCUGACUGAAGCUCCUAACUCUAUGCUUUUCACAAUCGGAGUCGCAAGGACAAGGGGGAAUGAAGCCAAUGAAUACGAUGGACAUGGAGCUUAUAUAAAAACAUCGUGCCUACUCUGCGCCUGGUGUGGCUUGAAGAGCAAACUAGUGGGGUUUGAAGAACAUGAGGACUCUCUGUCAAUAAGCAGAAUGAACUUAGCUGCUCGGUGGCUUCCCCCCACCCACGGCUCUUUUUGUCGGGACUGGCAAGCAGCAUUAUUCACGAACUGACCCCAUUAUUUAUACAAUCGCUUGAUAUAGAACUAAGUAGGCUACACAUAGUCACAUAGAGGGGGUAGAGCUGACAAAUUAGUCAGAGUUGGGAUUUGUGACAGCCUGCAUUUUUUUUGUCAGGAAGUAAUAGGUCGCCGCAUUCAUUGAUAUCUACUUAUGAGUGAGUGCAUGAAUCGAAUUCAUCUGAACUAGCAGCCUUAAUGAACCCAUCGUCGCAUCGCGCCUGUGCACCGCCGCGGAGUUGUAGGUCGUUGGUCGCGUGUCCGUCGUUGGCUCAGCAAGGCGCCAUUUUCUUUUGUUGAUAAUUUGACUUAAAAAGCUCAUUGAUCGUCGUACUCAGCGACACUAGCUUGCGUUAUAUGCAUUGUCGUGCGAAUUCAUAAGACGCUCAUUCUCAGUAUGUAUGUAAAGAAGUGCUGUCAGUCUGUCACAUUGGUUGGACAGAGAAAGGCCAGUUGUCAAUCUAUAGAGCCACUUACUUUCAGAAGUAAGCUGUAGAGGUACCCACAUAGAGACAUGGGUAAACAAUUUUGCUGCUCCUUCGCUUUCACUCACAUUUUCUCUCGUGAGUGGUCGUGGUUUUCACUCUCCUCGCUUAUCUGAAUUCUAACAAAACAUACACUGACGAAAAGGACACUUUUACAGGUCGUUUAUUCUCUCUGUCAUAAAAGUUGGCGUCUCUCUUUCGCCUCUUCUCUCCUAUCGAGUUAUUUGAAUGAGCGACCUCCUUGCUCGCGCACAUUCCACUAGACCAGCCAGAGCCUCUAUUUGGGGCACACACUGGGGGAAACAAACUCAUAGAUAAAAGUGGAUGGGUCGAUCUCCUGCUACAAUCAACGAACAAAGCGAUGCGCCUGCGAGGUUCCUUCUAGGAUAGUCUACGUACCUACCAUCGCAAACUCGAAAUGUUUCUUGGGAGAGAGUGCAGAGGCACCCCCGCUUGACGUGAGAGCGUGUACUUGUAGAAUCAAGCUUGCUUCUUGGGAAUCGGGAUCAUGCGGGAUGCGUAAAUGCAUAGGGUAGCUCAUGUUAGAUUUUUGUUAGGUUCUGCCAUGAAAAGAGCAUGUAAGUACUGGCAUUGAUCGACAGUUGUGUAUACAUGUACAGAAAAAAAGAGUCCCUGAAUCAAUUUUGCUCUGUUCAUACAUGCCGUCCAUCUUCUUAGUAAGUUACACACAAUGGGAGGGGUUGCACUAAACUAAAAUUGAUAGCUAGUCUGUCAGCAAGAACUGCGAGUAGCAUCUGGCUCUUUCCUACGGGUAUGAGCCGCUACUCAUUUCGCAUGGUCACUAUGCCCAUGCAACUACCUAGGAUGGAUGUAAAAAAAAGGAUAUUUAUCUUGAAAGAAUGAAACAAAUUUGCGCACAAACAUUCAUAUUAUGGGGUCAGCUGCACAUAAACGCUUUUGAUCGUGGAGGCACAAUUUAUCACAUCGAGACUCGUUCUAUAAUCUAUCGACUGUCAUAUACUCCCCGGGAGGCUGCAGGCACGAAUAUGAUUUGCGGCUAGUCGUCAGCAUUCUUUCAUAGAUUGAUAGAUACAUAGAUAGUCAGGACACAGUCUGACUUAGUCAGGUAGGUCGUUACACUCGCGCUAUGAAUCCCAAUUCAAUCAUACACGCCUACCUAGCUUCGCGCACUGUGGUGACUGCGGCAACAUGAAUAAGAUACCCAAUGAUUUGCAUGCCCAUCCUGCUACUAGUCAAGAGCUUGCCUCACGGAGGUGGCCGUGUUUGUUGUGGUCGGCGGGUCCUACGUAUCUUGAGUGUCAAUCUAUAAAUUAAUAUGUUAGUUUGUUGAUUCUUUCUAGCAGGUAGCUACCUAGGCCAACCUAAAUCCUCAAGGAGUGGAGUCGAGUGCGUGAUAGAUGGAAUUAAAUGCCACAAGAAUCUUGCCUCAUGCAUACUGUCUAGAAAGAGUCUGCUCCGUCCAUGGUUCAAUCAUGAUUGAAAAUGAAAGGAAAAGCAAGCGAAUUAAAUUUACGCACUCACAGAAAACACAACUCACAGAGAACACAUGCUAUUAGUCUAUCAAUCUAGGACGCAUAUGGAAUCAAUCAAUCUAUCUCCACUUCAAUGAAGGCCCAAGUGGAAGAAAGCACAAACUAGAAUGAAUGAAAGAAAGGGUCGACAAGUGAGUAGAUGGAAGAAUGAAAGUGGUACAUCGCCUAAAUCAAAGAAGUAGAAGACCAAGCAACUUACUUAGGUAACUAGGAAGGCCUCGGACCCGACGACCAAGGACCAGGCUGAUGUGCUGCGUACUUGUCGGAUUUCUCUGCUAAAAAGCUUUGAUCUCGCUAAUAAAUUGACUCUGAUUCCAUGCGUCCACGCUGCCUGUCACACACAGAAACCUUUAGGAGAAACCCACACACGCAGUGCGUGUGUGAGUGACAGGCGAGGCUGUUGCAAAUAUUAAGCUUCACUUGCUUGAGUGACGCCAUCGCUGAAAUAUUUAAGGAUAAGAAAUCAGUGGGCGUCAUCGCGUGACUUAGUCAUGUACUCAGUUACUACCUUGUUGCCCACGUGGCAACAAACAUAGUCGGUCUGCUGGAGUCUAGAUCGAUCGAGCUGACCCGGCUUUCUUAUGGGUGCGUAUCCUCACCGCCUCACCCAACGCCGGCGCAUGCUACGCGCCUUGCAUGCUCCGCAAUACGAGCUAC